AUGAGUAGCGAAGAGACUGCUUCCAAGAAGGCUGACUUCAAGUAUAAGAUUGGAAAGGUCAAGCAAACACCUCCCGUGUUGCAAGACAAGAAAACAGGAUUGGAGUACAUUGAGUUGAAGCCUAGACCAAAUGAGCGAGUUUAUGGGUGCACCGUAUUCCAAGCGCACUACAAAGAAGACAAGAAACUUGGACAGGGAACUUUCGGAGAGGUGUAUCGAGGAGUGCAUUUGGAGACUCAAAGACAAGUCGCAAUGAAGAGGACGAUAGUUAAAGCUGAGAAGGAUCUCUUCCCAAUCACCGCACAGCGUGAAAUUACAAUAUUAAGGAAGCUGAAUCACAAAAAUGUUAUCAAAUUGAUAGAAAUGGUGUACGACUAUCCCCCAUCGGCUUCCGGUUCAACCGGUAGUUCUCCCGUAACACCUGCCACCAACGGUACUAAGUCAUUCUAUAUGAUACUACCUUACAUGGUCGCAGACUUGUCGGGCAUACUGCACAAUCCCCGUAUAAAGCUGGAAAUGGCGGCUAUUAAGAAUAUACUGCUGCAAAUUUUGGAAGGAAUCAACUAUAUCCACUGUCAAAAAUAUAUGCACAGAGAUAUCAAGACAGCUAACCUGUUGAUUGAUCACAAAGGAGUUCUUAAGAUUGCAGAUUUUGGCCUAGCCAGAAAUUACUACGGUGCUCCGCCAAAUUUAAAAUAUCCUGGAGGGGCUGGGGUGGACGCAAAAUACACUUCUGUGGUAGUUACCAGAUGGUACAGGGCGCCAGAGCUUGUGUUAGGAGAUAAGCACUACACUACUGCCGUUGACAUGUGGGGUGUCGGCUGUGUUUUUGGUGAGCUUUUCGAAAAAAAGCCCAUACUCCAGGGCCAAACUGAUAUCGACCAGGGCCACGUCAUUUUCAAGCUUUUGGGCACUCCUGGCGCAGAAGACUGGAAACUCGCGCGUUACCUACCAGGUGCUGAACUAACCAGAACCAACUACACUGCCAAUAUAAAGGAACGAUUUGGGAAAUAUUUAACAGAUGCAGGGCUUGAUCUAUUGAACAAGCUGUUGUGCCUUGACCCCUACAAGCGGUUAACUGCGAUGUCUGCUAAAAAACACCCGUUUUUCAGUGAAGAGCCUGUCGCAGUUCGGGCGCUACAGCUUCCAUGUGAGGAGUGCCAUGAGGCUGACAUCAAACGUUACAAGGAGGAACAAAAUAAAUCUGCAAGCCAAUUGCCGCCGCCAGCACCUCAGGGCCAUAUGAUAGAAAAAACGUUACCAUCCAUGCCACAGAUACCGAAACGCCCUAACGGAUCUACAACAAGCACAGGCCCCAAGCCGCCGCCUACGAGGCCUCCUACAGGGCCCAGGGCAUUCGCUGAAAACAAAAGGGGGCUCCAACGUUCAGCCCAAAGUGCAGCUACAAGCGCUCCUCCAUUCAAGUCAGCUAAGUUCUCCACACACUCCGAACAAAGCAGACCAAGUCGCUACAGUGGAAGUUACAACGCUCCCGAGAAGGUUAGUUCUAGUGCAGCCGCCAGAAGUGACACGCGCUAUAACAAUGCUCCCAAGAAACGUUACUACAACGGCCCAACCUCUAACGCUCCUGAAGGCCCACCGCGCUUUGGCUCUCAGAAUUCAAGAUAUGGUCAAUCACGUGAGGUGUUUUCGAGAACUUCACAUUAUUCGGAUACAAGAUUUAACAGCCGGCCACCAACCACCACAAAUCCUAACGAAACACCAUUACGAAGCCAAAAGAAAGAUAAUAACAACAUUCAUUCGGCGCACCAGUCUUCUGGUGUGGGCGGACACACCCAUGCGGGGGCGGAGAGGCCAGAAGUGCACAACAUGCAACCUCGGCAAAACGUGAAACCAAGCUCUGACGAUAUUGCCAAUCUUUAUUAG